UGUCAAUUUUGCGUUGUGUUAUAGAUUUAAAUGCAACUAAAGAAUGCAAAACAGGUUUGGUGUGAAGACUGUUAAACAUUUUAUUUGUGUUGGGUUAAGACCCGGCCCUAUGCACAGCCAUUGAAGAAAACUGUAAAAUUUGACAGACAUAAUUUUCUCAAGUAUUGGUAGCCCAAAUGCUGAGACAGCGAGCCAAGACUAGUGGUGAUGAGGAAUGGCCACCACCGCCUCCUCCCAUCAUGGACGAGAAGGCCACCGCUUGUACCUCCAGGCUGCACCGACUUUCCACCACAGGCACAGUUGUUGCUGUUGUAUCCGUAACCAGUCUUAUCUACAUAAUUGCUCUCCUACUCAACAACAGGUUGCCAUUGCCCCUCAAUAUAUCAGAUGAAACUUUCAACGCUGACAGGUUUAUUGCUGAAAGAGCUAGAAGCAUAUUAGAAGAGCUUUCCGAUCUUGGCCCUAAAGUAGCAGGCAGUUUUGUCAACGAAGUUCAUGCUGUACAUUUUCUACAGCUACAAAUCAAUAACACGAUUCUUCAGGCAAAUCCUAUCCACAAGAUAUCCCAGGACAUUCAAAAACCAACGGGUUCUUUCAGUAUUCCGCAUAAGUCAUACAAAAUGGUGUAUCACUACAAUGGUAUACAAAAUAUAAUAGUCAAGAUCGGACCACAUUCUGCAGUCAAUGGGAGUCUGUUAGUCAACUGCCAUUUUGACUCUGUUCCUUUAAGUCCAGGGGCAAGUGACGACGGACUGAACUGCGCUGUCAUGUUGGAAGUUCUACGAGUGAUAUCUCGGCAACGCGACCCACUUCAACAGAACAUAAUUUUUCUCUUCAAUGGAGCGGAAGAGACGCCUCUUAUGGCGUCUCACGGGUUCAUUACGACUCACAAGUGGGCCCCUGAAGUAAGAGCUUUCAUCAACCUAGAGAGCUGUGGGGCCGGUGGCAAAGAAGUCCUUUUUCAAGCCGGUCCUAACCAUCCUUGGUUGGUGCAGUUGUAUGCUGAAUCUGUUCCAUUCCCAAGUGCAAAAGUUCUGUUUGAAGAGAUCUUCCAUUCUGGACUGAUUCCGUCCGAUACAGAUUUUAGGAUAUUCCGUGAUUACGGCCAGAAACCUGGACUGGACUUUGCCCAUUGCAAGAACGGCUACGUGUACCACACCAAGUAUGACCGGCAUGACAUGAUUCUACCGAGCGUUUACCAGCACACCGGGGACAACUUGUUGGCUUUGGUGCGACACAUCGUGGCUUCCGAACAGAUCAAGAGGCCUAACGAGUUCAAAAAUGGUCGCCAGGUGUACUUUGAUGUCCUGGGACUAUUUAUGGUGCAAUACUCGGAAGUGAUCGGGAUCAUACUAAACCUCAGCACCGUCGCACUGUCUGUGUACACAGUCAUUAAAAACACCCUCGCUUACACAUCUGAACCAGCACCAAACCAAACAUCAAAAUGUUUUUGUAUGAAGAGGCAGGCGAUGUGUCGACAGCUGGCGUUGUCGGUGCUCGUGCCGGCUCUUGGUAUGGUUCUGGCGGUAACGAGCGCCGUUGCCAACGCCAUUGUCUUGGACUCUACACAGCGGCCAAUGUCCUGGUACACCCACAACUCUUUGGUUUUGCCGAUAUACUUCCUACCAUCUUUGUUUGCUCUCUCUGCUCCGUUGUAUAUCUUCACUGCCUGCAAGAGUAGCAAGCUGUGUGAUGGAAUACAAGCGCAAAUGUACUGCAAUGGAAUACAGCUGAUCUGGAGUGUUCUUCUUCUGAUCGCCACUGUCGCUGGGAUCAGGUCUGCGUACAUUUUGAUGAUUGUGGUACUGAUACCAGCCGUUGCCAAUUUCCUACUUCUGCUCUGUCAGAGGAACCAGUCAGUUCCCGUUUGGCUGUGUGGCUUCCUGGCGAGUGCGCUGUUGCCGGCCUUCUACACAGUCUACCUCAGUAUAUUGUUCCUGCAGGUGUUUGUACCUGUGACCGGCCGCUUGGGAGCCGACACUAAUCCUGACAUCAUCAUCGGAGUUAUCUGCUCCGUACUGUGUGUGCUUAUUGCCAGCUACUUUGUGCCGCUGAUGGUGCUCAUAAGGAAGCCAUGGACUGUGUUCCUAUCGCUGAUAUUUCUCUAUGUGGCUGGUGUGUUAACUGCUAUGUACACAUCCGUGGGGUUCCCCUACUUAAACACCCCUUCCAGCCCGACACCACAGAGACUAUAUGUAGUGCACUCAGACCAAACAUAUUACGGAAGCUCAGGAUUCGUGAGGAAAAGAGAAUCUGGAUUUUAUGUCAUGAAUUUGGAUCGACGAAUCAACGAGAUUGACAACGUCAUGUCAGAAAUGACGGAGGCUCAAGACAUCGCUGCUAUGUGCGAAGAAAUAUUUUGCGGGAUACCAGUGAUUUCCUGGAAAUUCAUGUUGAACAAGGAAUCGAAAAAUGUGAGAUGGCUAAAGGCAGGACCACCGGCAAUUUACGAGAAGACAGGUUUAGAAUUUGCAGGCUACGAAACCAUCAGUAAAGUCGAUGCUCCUCACUUAGUCAGAAGAGUACACUUCAAUGUAUCAGGGCCAGACCACAUGCACCUGAUAGUGUGGCCGAAAGUAGGCGUCAAGUUGGUCGGGUGGUCGUUCAAUGAGAGUGGGAAAGAUCCUCCAACACCAACAGCUACAUGGGACACGAGGCCGGCCUACGUGGUCAGUUGUGUGCGAGGGUUGCACACAACACUUUCACCAGUAUACUUUGACCUCCAGAGUGAAGGCGAGGUGCAGGUGCCUCUGGCCGCUUUUGUCGCCAUCGGCCAAUAUCUUCACGACGAAAGACAAUUCACCAUGGAAAUGAAAACAUUCCUGUCUAAGUUUCCCUCGUGGAGUCACGUAACGCCGUGGUUCUCGCAGACGGUUCAGAGAGAGUACUAGGCUGAAACUUUGUACUAGACAAGAACGGAGUAUAAAACUUCGAGUACCAAAGUACACUCCUUACAAGACUGGGACCUAGUUUCAUAGUUGUGUACAUAGCUUAAGGGUCUACAACUACUCCACUGUUAGCGUAAGUUGUUUUGUCUGACAAAAUAUGAUGCUAUAUUAGCAGAACAGUUAGCUUAAAGUUUUUUAAUAUUUACUAUCUCACUUCUGAAUCUCAGGGGUCUUGAAUGUAUCAAGUUUUUUUUACGUUCAGUUUUCGUUUGAUUUGAAGCAGAUUUAAAUUGUUUUAAUGGAGCCAUUUUGGUGAAUAAUGCAUUACAGUAGUAAUAUUAUGUACGACUAUCCAAAAGUCUAAAAGACUAUCUAAAAGACACAAUUGAUUCCAUUGCUCGAUUUGCAGAGGAACGGGGCGGUACGGAGUUCCGGUACCUCUCUUUUGGAAAGAUAAAAAUAUUGACAUAGUUACUAAUCAUAUUAAAUAGGUUACAGUUCCGGCACCUCAUUUUUUACAAAUCAAGCAAUGAUUGAUUCUCAUUCAAAAAAAAGCUUAUAGGCUGUGGUUGUGUCAAGAGUUAUGAGUUGCACGACUGUCAUCGAAUUCAAAUUAAGUAACAUUUAGUUAUUUUCAACCAAGAAAGGUGACUUUUUUUAAACCUUCCACUUAUCAAAACCAUCUUUGAGUCUUGCCUCGGUAAAUCCUUAUCUCUUCAACAGUCCUUUCCCUUUUUCAUCACAAACUUUGUUUCCUUUCUAUAAUCAAAAGAAUCUAAUUUUUUCAGCCUGUAUUCUGAUCAAUUAUUUUUCUUGUUCAUUCCAUCUACCCGGUCCAUAGGUGCUUCCUGGCAUGUAAUAUGUCUUAUACAUGGCUAUUAUUGUUAUUAACUCAUUAUUCCAUAGUAAGCACUUUACGCUUUUUGGUGCUUUGGUAGAACCCGUAUCCUUUCCCUAAUAAUAUUCAAAACUUAUAAAAAAUAAAAAAAAAUAGUCUUAACAUGUAAAGCUUUGAAAGACGACAGUCAGUUAAGUCAUAACUCCCACAGGGUUAAUCUUCUUGAAAAAUAACAGACUUGUGAAAAUUACAUUGCAUAACUACCAAAUAUAUGUAAUCAAUCACAAAAAUGUUUUACUGAGUAACUUAUCAACCUACAAUAAAUUAUAGGAAUUUUUUUUGUUACAUUUGAUAGACAAAUGAUCUUUGAAUUCAAGGAACAAUUAUCUUAUGUUUUACUAUUCUGUUGAUAUUCACUCGAUAAAAAUUGAUUUGUUAUGAAAAUACUGUAAGUAUUUUAAAAGGCUUGUGAAAAAGGUAACCUAAUGUUUUGGGCUUGUAUAGUGUAAUUAUUGUACAUAAGUAUUGGCCGAUGAACUAAAUGUUUGGAGUGUAUUUAAAACUAUAGUCUUUUUAUACAAUAAAUUAAAUAGAUAAUUAAUUGUUGUACAUGCCCGUUCGCUUUAAGAUGAAUAGAUAGGUGGUUCUAUGCUGAAAGAUUUUGACCAUCGAAAUUAUUGCAAUUUCUCAUCUGUUUGGUAAUCGAGAAUUAUGCUCGCUUGGACUGCAUAUUUUAUCGAGGGUUUUAGGAAUUUGUGACUCAUCCUUUAAGUUGGUAUCUUUCUAAACUGCAUGAAUUAAGUGUUUGUAUCCUAAUAUUAAAACAUUCAUUUAUUAUGAUGUUUUUUGUAUAGAUGGCUUUAGGUUAAGGUUUAUCUAAAGGAUUUUGGAAUGGGAAGGUUUAACAGCAGACUUACCUUACUGACUAAAAUGGCACAAAUAAACACAUAAGGCAUAGUAUGAUUCUAUAUUUAAUGCCAUAUAGAAAGACAUGAAUUUGUUAAUUUUUCGUACUGUACCAUCUCACCCCUUUUACAGCUAUCUGGACCCCUUUUACACCCCUUAAAGAUCUAGACACAACCUAUUUUGUUUGGGAAAAUUCUCAAAAGAUUUGGUUUCGAUUUUCAAUUGAAUGGACCAAAACCAAUACUCUAUCUAUUCAUCUUGACAUUAAUAAUUCUCUGUACCAUAUUCAGUGUAUAUAAGUACACAAUCUUUUUGUUUAAAUGUCUUAGAUCCAAUCAGUAAAAAUGUAGAUCUGAUUUUAGAGUGAAAAAUAACUCUUAAACGUUGCAUACAUUCAAGCUCACAAAUAAAUGAAAGAAUUUAAUUAUUUAAGUACAAAAGAUUACAAGUGAAUUUAAUCUCGAAUAGAGUUAGAAUUUAAGAACAUUUUUUGUGGCUGAUAACGUUUCUGUUGGUAAGAGAUUGAGUUCCGCUACUAUACCCAAGAAAAUUAGAGUUAAGGGUACCGGUACUAUGUAAAUGGUCAAAUCUUUUCUGUAUAAGGCCCCUGGACUAACAUUUUGUCAGGUUGGCAAGCCGAACUCCAUCUUUUGCAUAUAUUCUCCUUUUGUAGAUGAUAGCAUUUGUUAAUGUUUAUAAUAUAGAUGUUAAAGCCUUCAAAGUUUACUUUAAAUGUUUUAUUUUAUCAAUCGUUAAUUUUUUUCUGUGACACUGAAUUUAAAGUUAAUUACAGAGUGAAAAGUACAUACACCAAGUAAGUUGAAAAGCACCACAAAAAAGUCACUUUUUACAGGGUGUUUAUUGGUUAUGGAAGUUUUUAUAAAAUUCAGUGACUUUAGUCAAAGAGCUUUCAAAGUAACAAUUUGUAUCCAGAUUCUUAAAACAUAAACAAUAGGUACUGAUAAUUUGAGUUGCCUCAGAAAAAUUAAGCUAUAUCAUAUAACUAGCUUAGUUUAUGCUAUAUAUUUUAUGUAAGCUAUCUAGUAAAAAAGGAUUUUUUACUCUCAUAAUUUACCUUGGUAAAUCAAGGUCUACGGUGUUAAAGGAAUUUUAUGUCUCAUAAAAAACCCUAAUAGCAUGAAGAAUUUUCACAGCAAAAGGUAGUUUUAAAUAGUUGACUACCUACUUUUAAGAUUUUACUAAAACAAUGUACAUUAUAAGUCUGAAUUAGAAUUAUUUAAUAAUUUUAACUAUAAAAAUGAAAAAAUACAGAUUAUAUAGUGACAUGAAUUAAAUUAAAUGAAUAGCUGAGGGUAUCUUUUAAAAAUGUUAAUUUAAAUAACCUACGUUAAGCCACAGCAUUGAGACCGAUAAUGUUUUAAACUUUCACUUGCCUUAAAUGAUCAAAUUGAUUGAACAAAAUAUGUUUUUUUAAUUAAUUUUGUGGAUUCAUUGUUUAUGUAUUUUGUGAAUAAUGAGGUUUUAACCUAAUGUUUGUGUUGUAUUUCUUUCAAAUAGUAUGCACUAUAUUAAAAUAUUACCAAUUGGUUUAUGCAGGUUCUAUUCGAUUAUUGUGAUAAGGUAUAAUAUUUCAGCCAAAAUGGAAGACACCACCAUUCUUAAAAAUUGUACCCAAAAUUAUACUGUGAGCCUUGAAAUUAUUCUUUUUUUAAUAAGUAAAUUUUGGUUGAUAUUGAGUCAUAUCACAUCAAAAUAAUGUGAUGUUAUUUUAUUUGCAAUGCAUUAAUGCUGUUUAAACAUUUAAAAAAUUCUUAAAAAUAAUGUAGCCCUCUAUAAAAAUCACUAAAUAAAACCAACCCAUGGUAUUUUCCUUGUGUUUUUGGUUGGUUUCCGAGUCAUAAUAGCUACUUAAAUCUAGCUCUAUCAUAGCCACUUUUUAUGUUAAAAUAGAAAAUGCCUUUAAGUAAUUUAAUUACGAUCCUGUUGGCCUAGCCAUAUUGUUUAUUGUUUGUUGUGGGUAUCUUACAAAAAGACAACCCAGUAGUUACACAGUGGGAUUUUGUUGAAAAUAUGAAAUAGUUGUAUUGUAUGUCCGCGGAUCAGAUUAAGGGUACAUAAAACAUGUGUAUUGUAUUUUAUUCCAUACAAUCUAACAAAUUUAGAUGCUUAAAGCAUUAGUCCCAAUAAUUUGAUUUCGUUCAACACUAACUUCCAUAUAGGCUGAUCGAAAAAAGUCUGAGAAGUACAUGACAAUUUUACGAAUAUAAUAUAUACCAUAGCUAGAAAUGAUGAAUUGGUAAUAAUAAGUAGGCAUAUUAAUACAAUAAGAUUAAAUUGAUAUUAAUUAUUAAUUGAAAGAAAGAAGACUAAACUGUUGCAUGGUAUCAAAAGAAACUCAGUGAAUUUUCAUUAGAUGUGGGUAUUUCACCUAAUUUAGGACCUGAAUCAAAGAAAACUGUACAAAACUAUGAAACAAAUAUUGUGAUGAGUUGAAGUCAGAAAUAAGUUUAACUGUAUAAAAUUAACAAGCUGGUGUAAUUUGAACCAGUUACACACACACACACGGACACACACAAGCUGCUUUACAUUAUGCACUCACAUCGCAUAACAAUAGACCUGUGGUAUCACAGAGUGUACCUUCUUAUCGUUUAAGAAACCCCUGUUAUGUAUUUAAAAUACAGUUUAGUUUGAAAAAUGUACAUCACGAUUCAACAGAUUAUACAUAUUCUUUGAGUUUAACAGGAUAACUAACUUGCAACACUCGUGACUUAAAGAAUUACAACUGCUACUUGCUGUAUUCGUAAUGGAUCUUCUGAAACCACAACUUGAAUUUUUUAAUGUUUUAACGAAUUGAACCGUGGCUCUUAAUUUGGAGAACUGAGAAAAUGAUUUAUUUCUUGAAAUUAAGUAAACUUAACAGGUUGCUUCACUAAAAUUUCCUACGGAUUUAGUAAAUACAGCAAUUUUUAUGUUAACUUCACAGGCUGCUUCACUAAAAUUUCAAGAAAUGAAAUACCUGUUUAGGCUACCAUGAAUGUAAAUUACUCUUAAGCAAAGAUGCUAAAUGUUCUGUUCCUUUUUUUCUACCUUUUUUUAACAUACGUUUACUUAUUAAAAGUUUA